AUGAUUAAUAAUCUAAGGAAUAAUAGUAGUGUAGAUAAAGAUUGUGAAAUAUAUUUUAAAAAUGAGUAUAAAAUAAAUAAUAAUAAUAAUAAUAAUAAUAAUAAUAAUAAUAAUAAUAAAAUUCAUAAUAAUACAAUUUCAUUAAAUUCAAAUCCAUCUCAAUCACCAUCACAUGCAAUAUCUGAAUCAAAAUUUUUUAAACCAACUCCUUCAUCAAAUUCAGUAUUAAAUCCUUAUUUUUCAUCAAAUUAUUUUGUUGGAAAUAGUUUUUUUAAUUCAUCAAGAUUAAAUAAUACUGGUGGUGACAAUUCAAUAAAUAAUAAUAAUAAUAAUAUUAAUAUUAAUAAUAAUAAUAAUAAUAAUAAUAAUAAUAAUAAUAAUAAUAAUAAUAAUAAUAAUAAUAAUAAUAAUAAUAAUAAUAAUAAUAAUAAUAAUAAUAAUAAUAAUAAUAAUAAUAAUAAUAAUAAUAAUAAUAAUAAUAAUAAUAGUAGUAUUAGUAGCAUUAUCAAUAGUCAUAGUAAUAAUAAUUAUAAAAACAAUUUUUUAAACAUUGUUGAAGAGAAAUCUCAAAUUAAAAACAAUCAGAUUUCAAAAGAAUUUCCACAAACAUUAACAUUGGAUUUUAAUAGUUUUUGUAGUAAUAUAGAUUUCAAUUCAAACGAUGUGUUAAGUAAUUCCUUUUUAAAUAAUCUUGUUAUUAAUAAAACCAACAACAACAACAACGAAAACAACAACAAUCACAACAACAAUCAUAACAAUAAUCAUAACAAGUACAAUAAUAAUAAUAAUAAUAUUAAUAAUAAUAAUAAUAUUAUUAAUAAUUACAAUAAUAAUAAUAAUAAUAAUAGUAAUAUUAAUAAUAAUAAUAAUAGUAUAAAAUUUAAUAACAAUAUUAAUAGUAAUAAAAAUAAUACUAGUAAUAAUUUAUUUUUUAAACAAAAUCAACAUGAUGAUUUUGAUGAAGAGGAAGAUGAUAGAGCUCUUAGUAGUAUGGUUUCAAAGAUCGUAGAUGGAGAAUCUGAUACAUUAGAACUAUAUUAUGACAAAAAUGGUUUCGGUUCUAAUUCACAAAACAAAAUUGAAAAAGUUAAUAAUACAACCACUACAACUACAACAACAACUUCAAUCACAGCGCUAAAUAAUACUUUAUCAACCAAUAAUAAAAUUAAUAAUAAUAGUUCACCUUUUAAAUCUAAUAAUACAAAAUUCAACCACCAAAAAAAUAAACAUAAAAAUGGUGGUAUAAAUAAUUAUAAUUUAAAUAUUAGUAAUAAUAAUAAUAAUAAUAAUAAUAAUAAUAAUAAUAAUAAUAAUAAUAAUAAUAAUAAUAAUAAUAAUAAUAAUAAUAAUAAUAAUAAUAAUAAUAAUAAUAAUACUGAUACUAAUACUAAUAAUCAUAAUCAUAAUCAUAAUAUUAUUAUUAAUAAUAGUAUAAAUAAUAAUAAUAAUAAUAACUUGUUCAACAAUGGUAAUAGUAAUAUUUCACAAAAUGGUUCACAUUCAAUAACAUCUAAACUUCAAAUUAAAAUUGAAGAUAAAACUGAUCAUCAAUUAAUUUCAGAUUUAUUAGAACCACAAAAAAGAGAGGAAGCUUUAUGUGAAAUUGUCAAAAGAAAAGAUUCUAUACCAUCAUUGGCUAGUCUUGUUUGGUUUACACCAUGUGUCAUAUCAGUUUUACUUCAAGAAAUUAUGAAUCUUUACAAUUUUAUUUCCCCACCAAAUCCAAAAUUAAAAGCUAGAGCCUCAAAUAAAGUUUGUAAUAUUUUAAAUAUAUUUCAAGUAAUUGCAUCUGACCCGGAAACAAGAUCAUUGUUUAUUCAAGCAAAAGUAAUUUCUUAUAUUUAUCCAUAUUUAUCAACAAAUUCAAAAUCAAAACCAUUUGAAUAUCUUCGUCUUACAACUUUGGGUGUAAUCAAUACAGUUAUUAAACAAGAAUCACAAGAUAUUAUAAAUUAUUUGAUUGAAAUUGAUAUUUCAACCCCAUGUUUAAAAAUUAUGGAGAAUGGAAAUGAUCUCUCAAAGACUGCUUCAGCAUUCAUACUUCAAAAGAUUUUAAAUUGGGAUGAUGGUUUGAAUUACUUUGUUCAAUCACCAAAGAGACUAAGUGAUUUAACCAAUUGUUUAAAGUAUAUGGUUGAAGCAAUGAUACCAGAUCAUAUGUCCUCACGUUUGUUGAAACAUAUCGUUAGGUGCUAUCUUAGAUUAUCAGAGAAUUUAAAGAUUAGAGAUCAAUUAAUAGGUUGGAUGCCAACUUGUUUCUCAAAUGGUCAAUUGAAUGAUUUCAUUCAAAAAGAAGGUGAUGUUAUUGUUAAACGUUGGUUCACUCAAUUACUAGGUAAUCUAUAUCCAACUCAACAUUCUAACAAUAAAAGACAUCAAUCAUCAUCAUCAUCACAACAACAACAACAACAACAACAACAACAACAACAACAACAACAACAACAACAACAACAACAACAACAACACCAUCACCACCACCACCACCAACAACAUAUAAAACCCUCCACAAUUUCUUCUCAACAAAAAACAACAGUGCCAUCAUCAACUCAAUCUCAAAGUUUAAUACCAUUUUCUUCAGUAAUUAGUAAUAAUAGUAAUAAUGAAAAUAGUAAUAUUAACAAUAGUAAUAGUAAUAAUAAUAAUAAUAAUAAUAAUAAUAAUAAUAAUAAUAAUAAUAAUAAUAAUAAUAAUAAUAAUAAUAAUAAUAAUAUUUUUUCACACAGUCGUAGUAAUGGAAGAACAAAAAAUAAUAAUGAAAGUAGUGAAAAUAAUAAUAAUAACAAUAAUAUUUAUCGUCUUCCAUCAAGAGGUUCACCAUUUCAAUAA